GCUUUUAUCAGACAACAGAAGAUUUUGAUGGAUGAUGUGUGUGUGAUAAAGUUGUGUGUAAAAAUAAAAACGUGGAAAACGUCGAAAUAAUAACAAACGAAAAAUAUGUGCGCUGUACCAAAUAAUAUGCAAUACAAUUUCAAUAAUAAUAAUUCGCAAAAUAAUGCUGAUACAAAUUCAAAUGGCUCUAAAAGUUUGUUGGAUAAAGAAAAAUGUGAGAAAAUCAAGCGUUUCAUAUUGAUUGGUGUGCUGGCUGUGCUGGGCAUUGUCGGCUGGCACAUCUAUGAGUACUUCUAUGCGGGAAAGGGUGGUAGUAGCGAUGCGGAAACUUUUGUUGAACACGAGAUUCUUGAUCUCACGCAGCGCCUAUUCGCCGACGAGGUGCGUCAGAACAACUAUCAGAUUGAUGUGAAUUUUCAAGGCAAGACUAAAUCGUUUGAGCGCGAUGAUCAUGCCGCUCAGCCACUACUAAAAAUGGACAAUGCACACUUGUCAUCCGAUCCCUCGUCCACCAUCGUUUUGCUGCGCCGCCUCUUCGAUAACUAUUUACUCGAUGUGCACGCAGUCGAAGAAACCACACCCGAGCAAGCGCAGGAGGAGUUGGAUUUUCUAAAUGCGGUGCUGAAAACAUCGAUUAUGAAGCACACAAUGAGAUUUCUGCAGCAAAAAAGCCUAGUUUCCUCAGAUUACAAAGACCAAAUUCAAUUGCUCAAGGACCUUUGGUUUACACAGUACUCUCGGUUUAAGGGACGCAUGGGCAGUUCUGGUUUUGAGCAUGUCUUCCUCGCCGAACUUCGUGAGGGGUCAGUUUUGGGUCUACACAAUUGGAUAUAUUUUCAUGAACAGGAGCAGCAAGGAAAUUUGGACUACAAAGGAUUCAUCGAUAAAAUACAUUUGGAUAAGGGCAAAUAUGUAUUGGCCACCAGGUUCACAUUCCAUAAUCAUGUCAAGCCCUACAAUACCCUAUUUAUUGGAACUUCGCCGGAGUUCGAGAUGAGUGUUUAUACCGUCUGCUUUCUACUGCAUGGAGAUGUACCGUGCCCGGUGCAGCUGGGACAGACCAAAUUCAAUAUAUAUACAAAUAUUUGGAAUUGGCGAGGUAGAAAGACACUGGCAGCUGCAUUUCCAAGCAUCGAAAAAUGAACAGUAAUUUAAACUACAGCUACAGCCGAAACGAUAUUAAUGAUUUUAAAUGUAUUGAAAUUGAAAUUUUAUAUAUAAGAAGCUUUUUCUAGAUACUCUUACAUAUACAUAUUUAUUUUUUGAUAGACACAUAGCUUUUAUUUAAUUUGUUAA